UCAUGGAAACGCCACAUCUCUCGCCGUGGAGGAGGACAUCCUCGUCCCGCUCCUUGCUCCCUUGCCAACAUCAGCGCCUUGCUCGAAUCGAACGCAUCGCCUUCUGGUCCCAGUCCCACUGACAGCCAAGGACCGCCGCCGCCGCCGCCUCCGGCGGUCCCCGCAAGCUCUGCCGCAGAGGACGCCAAGCUACGAGCCCGAUGCCGGGCACUGCUGGAGAAGGUUCGCCAGGAUAUGGUGCAGCUAGAGCGCGUCUUCCGCCGCAUAGAUGACGUCGAAAAGCGCAUCCGCUACAGCUUCGACCCUGUCGAGCAGCACCUCGACGACGCGCUCCAGCACGAGCAACCGGCCGACGCAGCGCAAAUCCACGCCAGGCUGCUCGUUGUCGACGCCGGCAUCGGCUCCAUCAAGGCCGCCAUUCGAGAGUCCUACAACAUCCGCAGCGAGUGCGGCGAUGAUGAUGGUGGUUGGGCAGGGGGUGAAGGUGAACCUUCCACUGCAUCUCCCUCACGGUCACAGGUGUCUUGUGCGACGAUGGUGAUGACGACCAACAGGAUGGGCGAGAUCCGCCAUGGCCCGCAGAUGAGCCACCUGAGGCUCGCUGUGGGCAGCUUCGAGGCCCGCCUUCGCGGCUGCGUUCUCUGCCUCGCCGCUUUCCCUGAGGGCGCCGUCAUCAAGAAGCGGAUGCUUCUCCACUGGUGGGUCGCCGAGGGCUUCGUCCGCUCCGCCGACGAGGGCAAGAGCCGCUUCGACGAGCUUAUUGCUCAACUCUGGCGACGUCGAGUUCGCGCACCGCGCGUGCCUGCGCGGCGGCAAGGCACAGCAGCAGGAGGCGGCCGGGUUCAGAGCCGUGCUCGGGCAGCACCGCCCAGCAGAUCGCCAGCUGGCAGCCCCAUGGACAGCCACAUCGAGGUCAGCGACGUGGAGCGGUUCCGCGACAUGGAGAGCUGCAGGAACCUCACGUACGUCAGCUUCUGGGGCAUCUCAAGGAUCGAGUUCCUGCCAAGCUCCAUCGGCAAGCUGCGCCAGCUCCAGGUGCUGGACCUCCGGGCCUGCCACAACCUCGAAGAGCUCGGGGAAUUUGAGGGGCAACCUGUAGCCCCGGUCAUCCGCAAGCCGGAGUGGGCGGCGCAGUGA